AUGGGUAGCCUGCGCUCGCAGGCUCAGUUUGAGCAAUCGCACUGGCGCCUCCGCCUCCUCGGACCGCUCUGGUGCCUCCAGCUCGCGCUCACGUUCACCAUGGCCGGUCUCUUCGCCUACCGGAUAGGCGACACACUCCACUCCUACGAGGACCGCAAGGCGCCCCAGCUCGAGGUCGUCUGGGAAUCCACCAACGUCGGCCUGUCCUUCCUAGCCAGCAUCUGCACCAUGGUCGAGAUCGCACGCUACCUCGCCGAGUCCCUCACGCCCUGGACGGUGCUCUUUACGCACACUAUCAAGCUCACCUGCGCGGCGUGCCUCCUCGCGCUCGACAUUGUCGCCCACAUCAAGGUGAUUGACGAAAACUUCUCCAUCGUCGGCUUGGCCCUGGACGCGGCGUUUAUGCUCACGACGAGUGCACUGGCUAUAUACGCCCUGGUCACCUACCGGAGGCUCUCGUCGAGGGACGCAGCGCACAGGGUCGAUAUCAAAGGCUAUGGGUUCAGCGACGGUCUAGGUCGCGACUCGUCGUACAGCGGGCCGCGACCGACGCUGGAGAAGAGGAUAUCAUCCGUGUCGUCACGUUUGAGUUUCGGGUCCAUGCGUCAGCCGCACCCCGAGCCCCAGACGGACGGCGUCGUUCUGGAGACCAUGUCGCGGACGCCGUCGCUCUACAGCCACGAGCGUGACACGCGGUUUGACGACUUUGUCAAGGGCAAGAGACGCGAGUCGCUGGGGAACAGUGAAGAUAUUGAGCGCGGCAUCUCGCCGCUGCAAGAAGUGGAGGACGGCAGGCAGCUCACGCGGCCUCGAGCGAGUAGCUGGGUGGAUGAGCAUGUGCUGGUCUCGGUGCCCGAGGAGGCAGAGGAGCACGUGGGGGCAAAGUCUGAGGAGGACAAGAAGGAUCGCGAGGCGUUACUGGAUGACAACCGUCGCGGGAGCGAGGAUGAUGAGCAGCCGCAUCGGGUGUUGCAUGAGGUUGAUAUUGCCGAGCCACGAUGGAAAAGGGAGCAAUAG